AUGGCUAACAUGACAGCCUGUGGACUGACUUUGGUGGUUCUUUCCUUGUUCCAAGUACCUACCUACCUAGACAUGACUGCAAUGGUGCAUCACAAUAACAUGAAAAAAGCCAUCGAGGCUACGCGGGAUGAGCCUACGCCUACCAUGUCAGAAACUCUCCACUCGCUCCACCAAAAGGUUAGUGCUUUGGUUCAGAAACUCUCCGCUAUUGGCGCCGACGAGACCAUGCCACCCUGUGCAAAACAACAACUGCAUGAAGCUACACUUGAUGCGCGAUCCAUCCAAGAAGCCCUCGGCCAUAUUUGCCAUGCUGCCCUCGCCGACAGUAGCGAGAUCGAGAUCGAGAUCGAGAUCACCCCACCGCCCACAGUGCAUCCAACACCUGACAGGGUUUUGACUUCCACCAAAAGCACGCCUAGCAUCAUACGGCCGACGACAAGCGAGGAUUCCAAUGUCUCCGUCACAGUCCAAGAUCAAACCAGUCAACAUGCUCGUGCGCCUAUCACUAAACGUCGCAUAGUUCAUAAAGUAUAUCCCGAGACAGCCACUGCAUCCGUAGCCGAAAGCCAAAGCCCGCCCCUCGUCAUACCACCGACAAGAAGCGACGGUUUCAAUGUCUUUGAUACGGUUCAAGAUAAACCCAGCCAACCCUGUGCGCGUGUCAGUAAAAGUCGCACAACUCGCCAAGCACACCUCGAGACAGUUACGGCAACUUCGGGGCCUACGCUCCGUGCGUGUGAUAUGGGCGAAAAACUUGUUGCCAACCUUGACAAGAUCGUGACACAAGACGGCUUCCAGAAUGAGGUGUUUGUACCUGUCCCAUCAAUUGAUCUGGAGGCAUUCAAGACCGACUUAAAUCCUUAUCAAAACAGUACCCUGCAAGUUCAGAAGUAUGACAAUACAAAUACAGAAGCCAACCAGUUGGGCGCCUGUUUUAUUUUCAAGUCUACAUCAGCCCGAGACCGUUUCAAGAGGCCUGAUUUUAGCAUUCAACAGAAACCACCCACGGCCAACGAAGCCGAGAAGUGGCUCAACCAUGUCAUCAAGAACCCUCCCCAACACACCAUAUCCCACUACGUUGGCCAUGCGAACCAUAUCGAAUUUCAGGGACGCCUCAACCCGGGACCUCAUGUUCUGAGCAAUGACGCCCUAGGGGAUAUCCAUAAGCCGUACUUCCACAUCGGUGCCGAUAAGUCUGCAAAUCGCUUCCAUAUCGAAGAUUUAUCAUGCCUGCAUGAGAAAGAAUCUCGACAUGGCCUUCGUUCGGCCAAUCAAGUCCUCCUUGGAAUCAAGAUAUGGGUUCUCAUCGCGACUCGCCAUACUACCAAGUUCAGGAAGUUCAUUGAUAAGCACUGGGAUACUGAGCGUUGCGGCUCGGCGGUUAGCCAUCUUGAACUCCUUGUCUCGCCCGCGCAACUCAGAAAGGAGGGGAUAGACUUCACCAUCCAGGUUGGCUACCCAGGAAAUUUGAUCGUGACCCAUCCUUGUCAAUACCACAUGGUUAUCAAUCAGGGGGCCUGUAUCGCUCAGUCGAUCAACUUCAUACUACCAGGCGAUUCUAUCGAGUGCGACAAGCAACUCCGCUGCAGUCAAGAUGGCUUGGCGCCCUUUGCUGACGAGCUUGGCAUGACUAUGGUCUCUAUAUCCCAGCCCAAGAAGUGUCUACAGUCAGCAGAUCAUAAGAAAGGUCUGAAGCGCGCUCCAGACACCGAUACACACAUUGCUCCGAAGAUCAAGAAGACAAAGAAGGGAAUAUACAGACCACAAGAGCUGUCGCACCUCUCGCAGGUCCUCAAGGAACUACACAAGAAGGACUUGGUGUUUCAAAGUCCGCAACUUGACAGCAUGCAAUCGGUAGAUGAGAGAGUGUACCGAUUUGUAUGUGCAAUUGCCAGCCGCGAAACAGUCAGAAUGUUUUUUGUCAUGGUUGCCGCCUGGAACAAGCGUGUGCACAGUUCUGACCCUCCACAACAGAUGGGAACAGAGCCGGUUUUACGCAGAGUAAUGCUCAUAAAGGCCAUUGAGGGGGAAGGGGCACUAAUUACGUUUAUCAGCAAGCAUAAUCAACUUCACCUGCACAAAGAGUAUUUAAAGAAGAAGAAUGAAGGUUAUAGGAUCCUGUGCGAAAUGAGAGAAGAGGUAAGACAAAAAGCAGGGUGGAGCAAGAGUCUGCUUGAAUACCACUUGGAAAUUGGCAAGCGAUUCCUUAAGCUAAGCCAUGGAAAGGAAGGCAUCUUGCCUUUUCUAUCCUGCUACCCCCAGAAGGAUUUUGAUGUUAGACUCAGCAACAGCACCUGGUUCGAUGACGAACAGAUCGAGCAGAUGAAGAGGCUACUCAACACGCCCUAUACAACAGCAUUACUCUUGGCCGGGAAGAGUCUCGAACAAGCGGUUGAGACGUUGCAGCCUAUGGAGCUUGGAUUUCACGUGGAUGAUGUCUCGUGGGAGGAAUUGAAGGAGGAUGAGGUCAUAACCAAACUUGAACUCGUUGCAAACCACGCUCUGGGCGCCUCAAGCUGA